AAGGGCACCGAGCAUUUUGAUUUGAGCUGCGAAAAGAGUAAAAGCUCCACCAUCAGCGAUGGCGCUCUUGACCUAAAACAAAAGCCUCCCCAAAACCCCCGCGAAGGAUCCCCUCGCAUUCUUCAUCCUUCUCGGCUCGGUUCGGCUUGGCUCGUCACCAUGUUCGGAUCCUCGACGCCGUCGUUCGCCACGCCGUCCUCCACGCCGUCGUUCGCCACUCCGUCCUCCACGCCGGCCUUCGCCACCCCGUCCUCCACGCCGGCGUUCGGCUCCGGUUUCGGGACCUCUAUUUUCUCGAGCCCGUUCUCCUCCCAAACUCCUCAGCAGCAGCAGCAGCAGCAGCAGCAGCAGCAGACGCCGUCGUUCCAGCAGCCGGCGUCCGCCGGCGGCUUCGGCUUCCAGUCUCCGUUCGCGACGCCGCAGCCGGCCGCGGCUCCUUUCGGCGGUGGCCAGCUGACGACUCAGAUGGCUCCCGUGGCUCCUCUUCCUUUCUCGCUCGCCGAUCGGGACAUUCAGGCUAUCGUUGAUGCGUACAAGGAAGAGCCUGGGAACCCCAAGUAUGCCUUUAAGCAUUUGUUGUUCAGCGUCACUGAUCCGCAAUAUAGGGUGAAGCCUGCCGGUGUAUCGGAUAUCAUGUGGGCGGAGGCUAUGGGGAAGUUGGAGGGUAUGGAGAGUGCUGACCGGGAGCGGCUGUGGCCUCAGCUUGUCCAGGGCUUCAAGGAUCUUUCAAAUCGCCUCAAGCUUCAAGAUGAAGUCAUUCAUUCAGAUGCAGAGAGACUAAAAAUUACGCAGACUAAUGUGAAGAUGCUUCAGAGACAUUUUCAAGCUGACACGCUUCCCUGGAUCCAGAGAAUGAGACAGAAAGAGCAAGGCCUUCAAAGGCGCCUCUUGAGGGUAAUGAGAAUGGUGGAAGCUAUGGAGAGUAAAGGAUGUCGAUUGCCUUUAGUAAAAGAAGCUGAGUUGGCAGAUAAGCUGGCUGCAAUCACUAGACAGCUGAAAGGAUCCGGAGCAGAACUUUCGAGGAGGGUUCAGAACUUGCUGACUAUAUCUCGAGUUCAAGCAAAUGGCAUAGGGGCAACUGGUUCUAUAUAUCUCCCAGGAUCAACCAAAAUACAUGACCAGAGCCUCGCCGACUUGCAGGAGGUCUUACAACAACAGACUGAGGCAAUCGCGAGGCUUGGGAACGUAUUGAAGAGAGAUAUCAGGGACAUGGAUAUCAUAAUGGUUGAGGACGUCGAGAUGGCAGAAGACACGAGCUGAAAAGCUGAAAUGGCUGAGAUUGUUCUACUUUUUACUUUUCCUAACGAAUUGACAUGGAAGUCUCUAGUUGUUGGGGUUAGAUGGUUUUAAAACUCUGGAACCCAAACGUUCCAGUAAUCUCAGGAUUGAGCCAGCCAUAGUAUGCAGUUUUCUCAGUUUAUCUGGGAGGAUUUUGCAGCAUCUUUUUUGUAUCUUCCCAUCAUAUUUGUAUAAUCACUGAAUUAACAGGCCUUUUCAGUUUUUCUUGUUCCCCGGCAGCAGCUCUGGACUAGCAAGGGUUUAUAAUGCCCCUCA